GCCAAAGUGGGCUCGCCCAAAGUGGGCUCGCCCAAAGUGGGCUCGCCCAAAGUGGGCUCGCCCAAGGUUCAGUUUCAAGAGUUUCAGUUUCAAGACAUUCAGGCCGGGUUGCCAGAGCUCAACGAAACUUCUCCGAGAGGCAUUUUGGCAACGCCAAUUGUUCAAGAAACUGCCCCAAGACAUGGUGGACAUCUCUAUCUUUCGGGACGCUUCAACACCGAACGUAAGUUCUGGUACAUGCACAAGAUGAAGGGUUUGCUUGAAAAGAAUGACAUUCCCACCUUUCUUUGUGAACCGGUCCCUGGCAAAGACAUUGUUGAGGUCACAAAGGAUGGGCUGGACAAGGCCAAAGUGAUGGUGGCAUUCUGCUUUGAUGACUACGGGGAACACACUGGCGCGGGAUUUGAAACCUACGAUGAGCUGAGGUACGCACACGAGAAGAAGAUCAAGAUUCUCCCCGUGAAGUUAGGUGACGUCUAUCCACCUGAACCGCCCGGCAGAGCGGGGCAAAAGCAGAAUGCCAGCAUUUUGAAAGAGUCCAUCGUUUACGUUGAUGGCACCACGAAAUCCUUGGAGCAGGUGGAAGCGGAGAUCAGACGAAGUUGGAACAAAUUCACCAAGCAGCAUCGCCACGAUGAGGGAGAACCACGAGACAUCGGGGACAUGGGUGUGGUGCGCAAACACAUCUACUUAUCGGGCUGCUUCCACAAGGACUUGCAGAAACGCUACGUCCGCUCAGUGAAGCGGCUACUGGAUUCUCACGGCACCCCCACCUUCCUAUGCGAUCCCGUGCCGGGUGAAGAUGUCCACGAAGUCGCGGCAGAUGGUUUGGCGGCAGCACGACUCAUGGUCGCCUUCUGUUCAGAGACCUAUGGUGGAAGCUCUUCGCGUGACUCCGGGACGAGCUUCGCAGAGAUGAAGUAUGCCUUUGAAAAGAAGCUGAAAGUGAUCCCCAUCAAGUUGGGGACCUUCCCACCACGACCUCCCGACAAAGAGGGGCAAGCGCAGAACGCUUUGGUCUUCAAAGAGUCUAUGCAGGCGGUUGAUGGGCAAACUAUGGAUGAGUACGAGGUUGCGGAUGAAAUCCACAAGAUUUGGCUUAAAUUCGCGCAGGAUGCUGGCGGACUUCAGGAGGAGGCAGGCUUUAGGAGGAGACAUCUGUAUCUCUCGGGCCGCUUCAACUCGGAUCACAAGUUCUGGUACGUGCAAAGGAUGAAGUAUCUCUUGGAUGCUAUGGGGGUUCCAACUUUUGUGGGUCAGGGAGAAGACGUUGGGCAUCGCGAACUGGCAAUGCAAGGUUUGCAGAACGCCAAUGCCUUGGUGGCGUUUUGCUUCGAAGACUAUGGCGAGUACACAGGGUCUGAGGGUGAUUCUUUUGGCGAGCUGAAGUACGCUUCAGAGAAUAGUUUGAGGAUUAUCCCCAUCAAGUUGGGACAUAGAUAUCCACCAGAACCUCCUGACGUUCACGGACGGAAACAAAAUGCAGAGAUCUUCAAAAGAAUACUUUACAUUGAUGGAAAGAAGAUGGAGGAAAGAGACGUGGCCGCUGAAAUCCAAAAGAUCUGGGGCAAACUCUGA